CACUCCACCGGGCCGUCCUCGGCUCGGUACGGCCCGGCGGGUCCGCGGGCUCCUACUCCGCCCGCCCGGCGAGGCGUGGCCGUCGUCUUCCGGGCCUGGCCGGGGAGGGGGCGCCAGCCCUGCUCCCCUACCCCCUGGGCCUCUCCUUUCCCCUAUCCCGGGGCCAGGAGCUUCAUGGUCCCGUCUACCUGCUCACGUACUGGGGAGGUACAACUCCGACCCCUGCCCCCAUUCCCUAGGACCCCCCCUCCUCAUAGCUCACCCACUCACAUACACGUACACGCACACACACUUGUUCGGGAGGUGCUGUUUGGAAGAACCCGGGAGGACGACCCUAGGGCUCAAACCUUGCAUUUGAGAAACGUUUCGAACCCCUGAAUAGGAAACAAUUGACAUGUGUUCGAGUCCCCUUCCUCUCCUCCCCCUCGACCCCCCAGCCCGGGGGCCCCAUUCAUUUAAUUGCUUUGUGGGUGCCUUUUAUACGAAAUCUUGAUAAAAAUCUUAAGAUUUACGUUUAGCCUCCAAGAUUACAUAAAGAUCCCUAGGGAGGAAGAGUUCUCCCACUGCCCUUGGCCAAGAUUUCCCUCCGCCUCCCCUGAGGAAAAAAAAAAUUGACAAACAAAAAACUUACCUUCUAUCCCCCAACAGCUUUUGCCUUCUUGACAGACAUCCCCUUCCGCCACAACAGGAGAUGGACAUGUUUCAGCAACCCUAUCUCUUGUUUGUGAAGCCCUUUGGGUUUGAGAGGCGCCAUUGAAAUCCUAAAAUGUUAUUUAGGGAUAAUCGAUUCGGACGGGUUUUGCCAUGGGAAUGGCAGGGGAGGGUUCUGCUUGGCAGUUCUAUUGAAGUGCUAUUGACCUGCAGCUUUGUCUGGGAGGGAUGAUCGGGACUCGGGGCUAAUAACACAAUCUGCUGCUGCUUUGAAUUCUCAGCAACCACCUAACCUUUCAACAAUGGAAUAUAAAGUGUCUCUGUGUGUGUGUUUGCUCUCAUGAUUUUCCCACUAAAGAUGCCAGCCUGGUUUUCUUAAAUAACCCACUCAAACAGAAAAGAGAUCGUUGCGCCUUGAAUCUGAAGAACAGUUUUAUUAUGCACUGACGUGUUCAUGUACAAACUGUGUGCACACCAACUACACUUGCGAAACGGAUGGGGUCUGUAUGGUUUCCAUUUCCAACAUGGAUGGGACAGAGCACCAUUCUCGAACCUGUAUCCCCCAGGCUGAGCUGGUUCCAGUAGGAAAGCCCUUCUACUGCCUCAGCUCAGAUCACGUUCGAAACACACACUGCUGCCGCACUGACUUCUGUAACAAGAUUGACCUUAGGGUGCCCAGUGGUCACCUGAAGGACACUCCAUCCAUGUGGGGCCCUGUGGAGCUGGUGGCUGUCAUUGCUGGCCCAGUGUUCCUCCUUUUUCUCAUCAUCAUUGUCGUUGUCUUUGUUAUUCACCAUCAUCAACGGGUUUAUCACAACCGCCAGCGGCUGGACAUGGAGGAUCCCUCAUGUGAAAUGUGUCUGUCCAAAGACAAGACGCUUCAGGAUCUCGUCUACGAUCUGUCUACUUCAGGAUCUGGCUCAGGGUUACCACUCUUUGUCCAGCGCACAGUGGCUCGUACAAUUGUCCUACAGGAGAUCAUAGGCAAGGGCCGAUUUGGGGAAGUGUGGCGUGGUCGGUGGCGAGGCGGAGAUGUGGCUGUGAAAAUUUUCUCCUCCCGAGAAGAGCGGUCUUGGUUUCGGGAAGCAGAAAUAUACCAGACGGUCAUGUUGCGCCAUGAAAAUAUUCUUGGAUUUAUUGCUGCUGACAACAAAGAUAAUGGUACUUGGACCCAGCUGUGGCUUGUUUCUGAUUAUCAUGAACAUGGUUCCUUGUUUGAUUAUCUCAAUCGGUAUACAGUGACUAUCGAGGGGAUGAUUAAGCUGGCCUUGUCUGCUGCUAGUGGAUUGGCACACCUGCACAUGGAGAUUGUAGGUACCCAGGGGAAGCCUGGAAUUGCACAUAGAGACUUGAAAUCAAAGAACAUCUUGGUGAAGAAAAAUGGAAUGUGUGCGAUCGCUGACCUAGGCCUUGCUGUCCGUCACGAUUCAAGCACAGAUACUAUUGACAUCGCACCAAAUCAGAGGGUGGGAACCAAGAGGUACAUGGCCCCUGAAGUGCUGGAUGAAACCAUCAACAUGAAGCACUUCGAUUCCUUUAAGUGUGCUGACAUUUAUGCCUUAGGGUUGGUGUACUGGGAGAUUGCCCGAAGAUGCAAUUCAGGAGGAAUUCAUGAGGAAUAUCAGUUGCCAUAUUACGAUCUUGUGCCCUCCGACCCUUCCAUUGAGGAAAUGAGGAAGGUCGUGUGUGACCAAAAGCUUCGACCCAACAUCCCCAACUGGUGGCAGAGUUAUGAGGCAUUACGGGUGAUGGGGAAAAUGAUGCGGGAGUGCUGGUAUGCCAAUGGAGCUGCCCGUCUGACUGCCCUGCGCAUCAAGAAGACCCUGUCGCAGCUCAGUGUGCAGGAAGACGUGAAGAUCUAGUUCCUUCCCUACCCCGUCCACAUGCAGCUCGGGGCAUCCAGAACCACACAGAAACCUGCCAUGCUAGAGGCUGACGGAGGCCUACCUCUUGUUUCUGCUCAGCCCUGUGUCCCAGGCUAGCCUGGGCCACGGCAGGGAAAGAGCCUAGGAGAGACGCUCUCGCCCACCCGGGGUUUGAGACAUCCUUUUUAUGUUCACCUCCAGUUGGCACAGAGACUGGCGAGCUGCCGGCACAGAGGCCUCGGUGCCGCGCUUUCAGCUUUCUUCCUGCGGAGAGCCGAGCCCCGGCCCUCGGCUAGCCUGGCUGGCCCUGUCCCAGGGACAGCUUGGGAAAGGGCCGGGAAGGAGCGACGGUCUUGCCGUCCCAGGCCGCUGGUGAGUUCCCUUCUGGAGCCCUUGCAGCGCCCACAGAAUGGCCCAGAGGAACUGAGGUCCCGCCCCCCGGGGGCAGCUUUGAGCCAAAUGUUCCCCUCCUCCCUUGCACGAACAUCUGGAGAAAUUGUCCACAGAGACGGAAGAGGCCGCCCGUUGUGUCCGUUCCAGCUGUGUGUGCAUGUGCGGAGGCGUCUCUCCUCGUGCCAGGCCCAUGCCAGGCCCUUUCACCUGUGUGUCUGUCCGCGCGUGUGUGUGUCUGUCCGUCUGUCGGUACGUCCUUCCCUGCUCGAGCUUCCUGUGCAUGUGCAAGCCUGGGGUGCAGUCCGUCGUGUCUCCGUCUUAGUGUGCUGGUGCCUCUGUUGGGUCGGGAGCAAAGUGUUCUCCCCGGACUAGCCCCUUGCCGGGUGCCCCUCCCUGCCCUGCCCCCCCCUCAUUUCAGACUUUGGAGCCAAAGCUGGCACUGCGUGGCCGUUCUGCUUGGUGCCACCCAGUUGCCUGUGGGUGGGGAGAAUAUCCGAGAAAUCCAAGUAUGGGGCAGGUGGCGGGGGGAGCUGGGGGGGUGCUCCGGCCAGAAUUCCGUCUUCACUGGCGCUGAGGAUGAGCGGGGCAUGGAAGGACCCAGAACCCGAGAGUGGCACAGGCGCGCCCCUCUUCCUGGAGUCCUGCACCCUGGAAGCAGCGGUGUGCAUUUUGGGUGGUGGCUGAGUUAUUUGGGGUGAGGGGGGCAGGGGACUGCUUGGGGUUGGUUUUCCUGGAUGAUCCGGGAAGGGCAGGUGGGAAAUGCGCAUCCAUGUCAGGGCCGAGCUGGCAGGACCGUCUGAUUUCACCCGGGCAUUCAGUGGAGUAGAAGCAAGGUUGUGGGGGGUGAUUCGGCGGCGGCUCUUCCUGUAUAAUAACUCUGAAGCCAUAACUUUUAACUGGAGUGGUUUGGUUUUUUUAUGUUACUGGGAGGGUCUGGAUUUUAACUUUUUUUAAUCUUGUUAAUUGUUCGUAAAAGGAACCUCUCUGUGUGAUUACCUCUCGACCUAUUUUGUUUUUAAAGAGAUCACUGAAAGCGAAAAGAGAAUCUAUCCGAUCAGAUGCACACAGCUUAACCACACUGGAACUGUUUGUCAUGUGUACCUGAGCCUGUACCCCUCCCUGCUUUGGGGGCCAGUCCUCCCCUCCCCCCAGCCGUGGCUGGGCCCUCUCUCCUGAGCCAGGUGGUGGCGGGCCCGGGGCCCAGUCUGUCCAGCAUCCUGUAUGCCCUGGAGAGCACAGCAGCCAAGACACCAAAGGCGGCCCCUGUGUGGCCGAGAAGAGCGCGCGGUGACCACCAGACUUACCUGGCUCAGGCGGAGGUCUCCCCCUCUCCUUCCCCUCACUCCCGAGGAGAACUUUCUUUGCCUUUGCUGACCUGUGGAGGGAGGUGGGGGGGGGGGCGCUCCCUGAGCCCUUCUUUUUUCCUCCCCUUAUUUAUUUUUCUGUUGUAUUGCUCCUUUUCCUACAUUAUGGAAAUUAUCCCUAAAUACUUGAGGCCAGUCGGCCGAAGAAAAAUGUUUUAGCACUUAUUUCAGUCGGUCGGGGGCAUCGCUCCCGCCCCCUUGUGGCCUCCGCUUGGCCCUCCCCAGAGCAGAGCGGUGGGGCUUCCUAAGCUAAGGAGGAUGGUAGGAAUUGAAGACUCCCGAGUGUCUACUUGUAGCUGUCCCUUCUCCCACGACCCCACGUGGAUCCUCGAGCACUUAGCGGCCCCCUGGUGGGUUCAUUGUGGCUCGCCACCCCCGAGUCCAGCCACCUCAGGGGAAGAAUGUGGCAGCGGUUUGGGGGACCCCGAAAUCACUACCUGAUCAUUAGGCACCCAUCAGCCAAGGCCCCCUUGGGUCCUGAGGGUGGCUGCGCCUUUGGGUCCUUGAUUCACAGACCAAGUUCAAGGCCGUUCUGACGUCGCCAUCAAGCCCUGGAACGGCUCCGCGGUACUUGUUAUUUUGUACAUUUUCUUAGAAAGGACUGCAAAAUAGCCACUUAGACACUUUACCUCUUCAGUAUGCAAAUGUAAAUAAAUUGUAAUAUAGGAAAUCUUUGUUUAAUAUAAGAACAAGCCUGUCCGAUUUCUGCUGUACAUGAUUAAAAUGUUUUAUUCAUCA